GGAAUGCUGGUUCGCCCUGGCUCGCUCGCUUGUACAAACUCCUGGAUCUUACAUGCCUCUGUAACCCCCCACUUCCACGCCAUGUCCCCAUGCUCCUGCGCCGGCAACAGGACCUGUUCUCUGGAUGUCAGCUGAGUUACUAAGGUGACUCUGCACGCCAGGAGAGAGACCUUGGUAGAAAGAACCUCAAGGCUCUUGGAGACCCCCAUCUCUCCUUCUUUUCUGUGUGUGUGGGUCUUCACUGAACAUUCAAACCUGUUUCUCCAAAGGGUUUUGCAAAAACUCAGACUGUUUUCCAAAGCAGAAGCGCUGGCGUCCACAGCAGAAGUGAUGGGCAGCGUACGCACCAACCGCUACAGCAUCGUCUCUUCGGAGGAGGACGGCAUGAAGCUGGCCACCCUGGCGGUGGCCAAUGGCUUUGGGAACGGGAAGAGUAAAGUCCACACUCGACAGCAGUGCCGGAGCCGCUUUGUAAAGAAGGACGGCCACUGCAACGUGCAGUUCAUCAACGUGGGCGAGAAGGGCCAGCGGUACCUCGCGGACAUCUUCACCACGUGUGUGGACAUCCGCUGGCGGUGGAUGCUGGUUAUCUUCUGCCUGGCUUUCGUUCUCUCCUGGCUGUUUUUCGGCUGCGUGUUUUGGUUGAUAGCGCUGCUCCACGGGGACCUGGACGCAUCCAAGGAGAGCAAAGCGUGCGUGUCCGAGGUCAACAGCUUCACGGCCGCUUUCCUCUUCUCCAUCGAGACGCAGACCACCAUAGGCUACGGCUUCCGCUGCGUCACAGACGAGUGCCCCGUGGCUGUUUUCAUGGUGGUCUUCCAGUCCAUCGUGGGCUGCAUCAUCGACGCCUUUAUCAUUGGCGCGGUCAUGGCCAAGAUGGCCAAGCCCAAGAAGAGAAACGAGACCCUGGUCUUCAGCCACAACGCCGUGAUCGCCAUGAGGGAUGGCAAGCUCUGUCUGAUGUGGCGGGUGGGCAACCUUCGGAAAAGCCACCUGGUGGAAGCGCACGUGCGAGCACAGCUCCUCAAAUCCAGGAUUACUUCCGAAGGGGAGUACAUCCCCCUGGAUCAAAUAGACAUCAACGUCGGCUUUGACAGCGGCAUUGACCGCAUAUUUCUGGUGUCCCCCAUCACCAUCGUCCACGAGAUAGACGAGGACAGCCCUUUAUACGAUUUGAGCAAACAGGACAUCGACAACGCGGACUUUGAGAUCGUGGUGAUACUCGAAGGCAUGGUGGAAGCCACGGCCAUGACCACGCAGUGCCGGAGCUCGUACCUGGCCAACGAAAUCCUCUGGGGCCACCGCUACGAGCCCGUCCUCUUCGAGGAGAAGCAUUACUACAAAGUGGACUAUUCGAGGUUCCACAAGACUUACGAAGUACCCAACACUCCCCUUUGUAGCGCCAGGGACUUAGCGGAGAAGAAAUACAUCCUCUCCAGCGCCAAUUCCUUUUGCUAUGAAAAUGAGGUUGCCCUCACAAGCAAAGAGGAAGAAGACAGUGAAAACGGGGUCCCAGAGAGCACGAGUACGGACACGCCCCCUGACAUAGACCUUCACAACCAGGCAAGUGUCCCCCUAGAGCCCAGGCCCUUACGGCGAGAAUCGGAGAUAUGACUGAUUCCUCCUCGGGAAUAGUUACUUUGAAACGCAGUCUGUUGGUCAAAGGCCCAAAGCAGUUACGCAGACGACGGUACCGGUGAAGAGGUGGUUUGAGACAAGUGACCACGAGGGAC